UACAUAAAGUACUUCCUUGUGGUCCACCAUAACAACAGACAUGGCGGCCUCUGCACGGUUUCUUUUUCGGGGGGCAAACUCAAAACUUUCUAUUUCAAGUGUAAAGAGUGGAUCGUACAACCAAUUGAGGGUCACUCUUUUGACGUUGUCAUGUAACUCGCAUGUGAAGUCCCAGCGGAGACAUGCCCACUUCACCUUCCAGCCUGACCCUGUCACCACACAGUACGGCCCAACUCAGAAGAUGAACCUGUUCCAGUCUGUUACCAGUGCCUUGGACAAUACCCUUGCCGCUGAUCCUACAGCAGUCAUCUUUGGAGAAGAUGUGGCCUUUGGAGGAGUGUUCCGUUGCACAGUGGGUCUUCGUGACAAAUAUGGUAAAGACAGAGUGUUCAACACUCCAUUAUGUGAACAAGGCAUCGUUGGAUUUGGCAUCGGUGCUGCGGUCGCUGGGGCCACAGCCAUUGCUGAGAUCCAGUUUGCAGACUACAUAUACCCAGCUUUUGACCAGAUCGUGAAUGAGGCGGCCAAGUACCGCUACCGUUCAGGCGACCUGUUUGACUGCGGCAGACUGACCAUCCGAGCUCCAUGGGGCUGCGUGGGCCACGGAUCGCUGUACCACUCCCAGAGCCCGGAGGCCUUCUUCGCCCACUGCCCUGGCAUCAAGGUUGUAGUGCCUCGCAGUCCGGUGCAGGCCAAGGGACUGCUCCUGUCCUGCAUUGCUGACGAGAACCCCUGCAUAUUCUUUGAGCCCAAGAUCCUCUACAGAGCAGCAGUGGAACAGGUCCCGGUAGAACACUACACCGUCCCGCUCUCGCAGGCCGAGAUCCUGCAGGAGGGAAGUGAUGUCACCCUGGUCGCCUGGGGAACGCAGAUCCACGUGAUGCGGGAGGUGGUCCAGAUGGCUCAGGAGAAGCUAGGGGUUUCCUGCGAGCUCAUUGACCUACAGACGAUCCUGCCCUGGGACACAGAGACCAUAUGCAAGUCGGUGGUCAAGACAGGUCGCCUGCUCAUCAGUCACGAGGCGCCCAUCACCGGAGGAUUCGCGGCAGAAAUCAGCUCCACAGUGCAGGAGGAGUGCUUCUUGAACUUGGAGGCUCCCAUCGCCAGGGUGUGUGGUUAUGACACGCCCUUCCCGCAUAUAUUCGAACCCUUCUACAUUCCGGAUAAAUGGAAGUGCUUUGAAGCCAUCAAGAAGAUGAUCAACUUCUGAGCGGUAGGGUUCCAAGUUUCCGGAAGAGUUGGACUCACCAGCACCCCUCCCUCGUCAUUUUCUCCAAUCAAUGGAAAUGUCACUUUGUCGACCAUCCAACCAGGAGGCGUAUACGGAUGGAUUCCAAUGCCUGCACUCAUGCCUCCUGUCAACUGUUACCGUGGAUCUCUAAGAGCACCUUUGCUUUUGGAGUACACACUUGACCCCCUUUUUUCUUUGUCCCAUCAUGAUUGCCCAUAAUUUCCAUAAUUACACUAACUCUGGACACUAUAUACUAUGUUUGGAUGUCGGUUUUGUGUGUGGAUUAGAUGGUCUAUUUAGCUGUUACUCCUCCUGCUGUUUGUUUUCUCCACCAUUUAUAAUCACUCUUUUGACAUGAAGUGGACCCUAUCGUAAUAAACUAAUGGGACUAUGGUUUCUAGGAAAUAAUAAAGGACAUGAUAAACAAA